AUGGCUCAAGUUGGCGGCGAUAAUGAAUCAGAAACUUAUAGUCAUCGAAAAAAAGUUACAAUUAUAGAAAAAUUAAAACCAGUGAUUUCUGAAACUAAACAAGUUAUUGGUCAUGCAGCACAAAAAAGCAAAAAUUGGUUUACUUAUGGAGUGAUAGCGUUAAAUGCCAUACAUUUAACAAUCCUAUUGACAUUUCUUUUUGUUACAACAAGUAUUGUUGUGUUGAUCAUUGGUACCAGAAUCUUUUUGGCCGAAGGAUUUUUCAUUGGUGUUGGAUCAUUUUUCUUUGUUCCUGUAAUGAUCAUAAUGAUUUUUGCAUCACGUGUUACUGCUUUUUUCAUAGUUUUUUGCUGGAGUAUUUACUCGAUUAUUAGGUAUAUAUUACAUACUUUUGAUUUAAUUGGAGAAGAUAAUACAACAUCGUUAUCUUUUGAUACUCAACACAUCCUUUCUAAAACUAGUAAAGUUCUUACAGGCAGUAAAGAAGGUGGUAUUGGUGGGUGA